AUGAGCAAAAGCAAAAAUGACAAAAAACAAAAUAUUUCUUCAGAUUCUGAUAAUGAGGAGUUGGCAUUAAAUGAUGAUGAAUUUGACCUUUCAAUGGAUGAGGAUGAACGUGAACGUUUUAAUCAAAUGGAGCAAAUAAAGCGUAAGCUCGAAAUGGCUGCAGGAAAAAAUGAAACAAACAUUGUAAAAAGGAAGCGACGUUUAUCCCGUGACACUGAUGAUAGCGAUAAUGAAAAGAACGGAGAUAAAAAAAGUUCUGAUGAAGAAGGGGAAUUGCCUGCUGAAGAUAAAGAUGAGACUAGUAGUGAUGAUGAUAAUAUAGUAAAUAGCAAGCCUAGUUCUUCAGUAGAAAAACAUAAGCAUAAAUCAAUUACAAAAAUGUCAGUCAGCACAGCAGAUAUAGAAGAUGAAGACACGGCCUACCACAAACCUUCAGAAUUGGCAAAUAAAUACAAUAAGAAAAUGGCAAUGGCUGAUCUACUCAAUAAACGGCGGGAUAAAAAACAAGCUGAAGAAAAACGUAAAAAGGAAAAUCAAAAAGCAGCUUUGGAUCUCGACGAAAUUUUUGGAAAAGAAGAUGGAAAAUCUAGUAGUUCUAGUUCUCCUGCUUCUUCGCGUUCGUCUAGCCCUGUAUAUGGAAAGUCACGAUCUCCUUCUCCAGUCGCCCAGCCUAUUGCCCAAGUUGUUGAUGUUGUUGAGACUGCUAAAGUCUAUGAAGUGGAACCCAAUACCGACAUACGCACUAAUAAAGGCUUAAAACUUAAAAUUUGCAAUAACGAUGCUCAACGUGUCAUUCGCCUCGAAUUUGUUUCGAAUAGUAAUUUUACAGAAACUGAAUAUUCAUUUUGGUUAAACAGAAUGAAAGAAACAGAAACUUCACUUCCAACAAUUGAUUUUGUUAAGAAAAAACAAAAAGAAAUGCACGAUGCGUUAAACUACAAAUUUACUGAUUCUGAAAUUAAUUUAAUGGUGCGAGAGAAGAGUCGUUUCAAAAAACAACCAACGAAUUUUGCUUUUGAGAAGUCGGAGUUGAUUAAACAAAAGGUUGGUUCAUAUUUUAUAAUAAUUGUAUGUAUAGGAAUGGUAAUAAGGCGGGGAAAAAGUAAAGUUUCACCUCUGUAUCCCAGACGAUAG